UGAGCGGUUGUACCAGUUGCUGUGAGCGGUUGUACCAGUUGCUGUGAGCGGUUGUACCAGUUGCUGUGAGCGGUUGUACCAGUUGCUGUGAGCGGUUGUACCAGUUACUACGAGCGGUUAAACCGAUCACAUAGCCUCAUCUGCUUCACAAUCUGCUGGUUGAUUUACAAACUCGGAGAUAUGGCGCGGCUCAACGUUCAUUCUCCACUGGUGGCGUUGGUGAGCAUCUUUAUGGGUCUGACUUGUAGUGGUCACCACGCCCGGCCUCGACCUGCCAGACACUGGGAUGGUGAUGGUAGUGUGGGUGGCGUCGGUGCCCCUGGCGGUGACCCCCUCAACACUCCCACCUGGAAGGCACCAGUCACCUCGUGGACGACGGCCCCCAUCGAAAGAGGAUAUAGUGGUUUCGGAACAAGCGAACUCGGAUCUAGGUUCGAAGGAAGUAAACGUGGAUCCAGGUUGAAGACAGUCAGUACUGAACGGGUUGAGUCGCACCGGAAGGGGCGUCCUGGAAGAGCGGUUGGAGAGACGGCCCUGGCGGGAAGACCCAGUCAUGUACAAGAAUCCUACUACGCCCCCCAAGACUUACCUGUGGUGGACAUCAUUGGUGGUGAUUUCGUCAUCAAUCAUAUGCAGACCGAAAUCAAUCGCGAGGAAGGCAACAACAUGGACCAGACACGCGCCUCGAUACAUUCAAAGAAGGAGAAGAAGAAGAAGAAUAAAAAGUCAAAGAAUGUAAUCAAAAUUUGCAGCAAGAAACCAUGGAGACUUAAGGCCGUACCGUGUAAAGUUCCAAGCACGAUCACCCCUUCGAUGACUUUCUUCAAGAUUAACACCAUCUUGCAUCGCUUGAUUAAUGGUGAGUGUGACACUGUCCCGGGAAACGUGGUGGGAAGUCUGAGGUCCCCAGCACCAGGGAGCGUCAUUGACUCUAUACCCGUGGCCAGGUGUGAUGACGGCCUGGUGGGCUGCAGCUUUAUGGAACCCUUCCCAAAAGUUUUUAAAUAUGCUUACAAAAAUGCCACAAUACAAAUCUCGAACGAAACUCAUUUUGGCUUUCUUAGUUUUACAUACAAUGACGCUGCAAGAUGCAUGUGCACCAAUGAGAGCUCUCGUAAUAAGCCUUAUCCUGAAGUUUCAAGCAUGUAUUUACACUUUGAAGGGCUGGAGAAGGAAAGAGUGAGCAGCCACUGCUACAGACACUUACUGCUGACGUAAAAGCCUCUCGUGUUUGGUGACAGUUCUCUACAAUUGCUGAGCUAGUACUCUAGUUUCUUGAUUUAUUGAUUAGUUUACCUUCUACCACAGAUGUGAUCAUUCAGUUACAGUCCAAACCAGCAUAUGUACAUUCUUGUGUGUCCUCUAUGGACAGUUAGAACACUGCCACACUAUUUUGUGUAUCCAGUGUGUAUCAUUGCUCUAGGACCAUCCGCCUGACAUGUAAAACUGGCGGGAAAGGCAUUAAGACGGACGCUUUACUUACCUGAUUCUCGUUUUGUGACAUUCACUGGAACGAAUUUCCUCAGGUCGAGCUGGGGAUGAUACAUGUAUGUGUGAUCAAACAACAUCUUGUGAGUGAGUAAAGGUUAUAAUAGAAGUGUAAUGAUACGUUAUGUUCCUGUGUGCUACAAGAAGAUGGCUUUGAUGAUGAUAAGCAGUACGAUAAACUCUGUCUUCAGACAACACACCGACCCUCUGUAUACUGUUUAAGUAAAUAAAAACUAUA